CCUCUGGGCCUCUGGAAAGAAGGACAAAGGCUGGAACGCCUUGGAGUGGUUACAGACUUCACGAGAGCUAAAACCGCCUGUGGCUCUUAUUAAUUUCUACCUGUGCCAGCUGGGCAAGCUGGUCUACCAUAUCCACCGGCAGCGUCCGUCCAUCCACAGGACCUAAGUAAAAACUACAGCCUGAAAAUAGUGUCCACUGCUUCGCCCAUUUACACCAAUCAAAGACUUGAGAAAAAAAACUUGUCGAGGGCCUCGCACCUUUUUCUUUGCCCCCUCCAUCUCUUUUUUCCGAGUUUGGCCCUCUCCUCCUUCUUCUCUUCUCCAUCCCACUACUAAGCACCACUCUCAGCUUUUUUUCCCUCCUCUCCUCCUCAACCUCACUCCUUUCUCCUCAAAGAACUUGACUUCUUGUCAAUACCGUCAAAAUGGCCGCCCCCAACGAUGCUGAGCAUGAGAUGACCUUCGAUUCGGCCGAUGCCGGUGCCUCUCUUACCUACCCUAUGCAGUGCUCUGCUCUGCGUAAGAACGGUUUCGUCGUGAUCAAGAACCGCCCUUGCAAGAUCGUCGACAUGUCCACCUCCAAGACCGGAAAGCACGGUCACGCCAAGGUCCAUCUCGUUGCUACCGACAUCUUCACCGGCAAGAAGUACGAGGAUCUUUCUCCCUCUACUCACAACAUGGACGUCCCCAACGUCUCUCGUCGCGAGUACCAGCUGCUCGACAUCUCCGACGACGGUUUCCUCUCUCUCAUGACCGAUGACGGUGACACCAAGGACGAUGUUCCUCUUCCCGACAACGAGGUUGGCCAGAAGAUCACCAAGCUCUUCAAGGAGGAGGAGAAGGACACCAACGUUAUCGUUCUCACCUCCAUGGGCGAGGAGUGCGCUAUGGAAGCCAAGGAGGCCCCCAACCAGGGUUAGAUCGCCUAACCUUUGAUCCGCACCCUCUUUUAAAUGGCACUUAGCCUCUGAGCUCCGCAUUGAAAGAUGAUCUGGGCUGGGGAUUUUUGUUUUGAUGAAUGUUUGGCGCAUCAAUACUCAUGGGCCAUGGAUUGGGCAUUGCGCAGAAGGACUCUAUCUGGACAGGAUUGCCUGCCAGUUAUGAUAUACGGCAAUUCUGAGCACCCGAGCCUCGGGCUCACAAAAUGUUUUCCUUUGUUCCUAGCUCACACGCUGCACAUGCCAUCAUGUCACGAUACGUAGCGGCAAUUUUAUGAAGAAAAAAAUGGGAGAGCUUUGGAGUUGAUUAAGACUUAUUGACAUUGAGUGACGUGAAUUCUGUCAAGUCCUUGGGC